AUGCUGAGGCUAAGGUUUUUUGCCAAAGGAUUCUCUCGCUCGUUUUCAGAAUUUCCAAAUCACUACAAAGCAGAAAAAGCUCAGAUAGAUCUAAAACUUGCAAGUGCUAAAACUUUAGAUUCAUUUAUAAACGAUAUAGACUUGUCCAAAACUUCUCAUUCAAUGCUUGCAUACACACUUGCAAAAGUUUAUAAGGAAAAUCAAAAAAUCGACCCAGAAGCAUUAAGAAAGCUUUUCAAAAUUAGAGAUGAAGUUAAAGAGAACAUUGCAAAACUUGAUUUUCAAGGCAUCGCCAAUUUUUGUGAUUGAUAUAGUAGUUUAACCACAAAAAUAUUUCUAGCAAAAGAGACGAAGAAAUUAUUAAUUGAUCGCAUAAAUAAGUAUUUAAUUAGUCACUCUUUUGACCGGAAACAAAUUUUAUCAAUCUAUGAAAAUUUAACACCUGAAGGGUUUAGAAUAGAAGAACUAGAUAGAGAGAUUAAAAAAAUUGCGAUGAGCAAAUUAAAUUUGGAAGAAAUUUCAAAAAUUUUGACCGGAUGUGGAAGAUUUAUCUAUACUUCAAACAUAAGUUUAUUUUUUGCUUGCAUGGAAAGAUUAUUUCAACUAAAUAAAGAAGAGCUUGAUGGAAAACACUUAGCCAAAAUUUUAGAUGCUUUAGCUAUUAAACAGCCUGCAAAAAUACAUCAUUAUUUAUCAGAUUUUGUAAAAUUUAUUGAAGAAAGCUUAUCUAGAUGAGAAGAAAAUGACUUAUUAUCAGUAAUCAGGUUCUAUAAGUAUUACAAUUCUGGCUAUAGGAUUCCAUACCAAAUCGCACUAAAAAGACUGAAUAUCUUGCUUAGUAAUGAUCAAUCCAUAGAAUUUAUAAUUGAAUUGGCUAGUCUUUUAAAAAAUCACCCAAUUAUUUAUUUUAUUGCUGAUAACAUAGCUUUAAAAGGUUUACAAAUAAUUAAGGAAAAACUUUCAAAAGAAUCAAUAGACUUAGAAAAUAUAAAAAAAAUACUUAGGCUUAUAGGCCCGAAUAUUGAUUAUCAGACUGCACUUGCAUUAGCAGACCAAAUAAAUAGUAAAACCCUUUAUUUUGAACAAGGCAUGGAAAUGAUUGAAAAAGCAUCAUGAUUAUGUGUUAAUAAAGAAGGGAAGCUUUUCCCUUUGGCAAAUUUAAUUUCAAAUGAAAUAAACUAUAAAAGAAUUAAAGAUCUUGAGUUUCGUUACAAAAUAGAUGCAUUAUUCAGCAUUAUUCAUAUAAAUAAUUUUGAGCUAUAUGGCCUGCAAAAACUAAAAGAUUUCCUUAUAGAUGAACUAAAAGAGUGAAUUGCUUUAAGCGGUGACAAUAUUAAGCUUUUUAUAAAUCUUGUUUACGAUAAAGAAUAUAGUUCAAAGUUUUGUAGAGCAAUAAAGCCUUUACAAGCCAUAGCUUUUUGCUCAAUAAAAAAAUUAUCUAAGGAAUUUGAUUGAUUACAUUAUUCGAUUAUGCUUUAUGAGUCUGAUCCUGAAAAAUGAAAAGACUUUGUGAUUGAAAAUAAAAAUAGCUUUUCAUAUGAAGAUAUAUUAAGAGCAAUAAGAUAUUAUAAAGGACCUUUUGCGGCAAUUAUAUUUUUGUUGCAAACAUAUAAAAAUAAGUUAUUUCCGCAAUGGAUAGGUGCAGCCAUGGAUAGAAUUCCUGAAAAGGAAAAUGCUCAAGUUCUAAAUGAUUUUGCUCGUAUUCUAAACAAAAUAGACCCUCAUUAUUUAGUAUAUGAAGAUAGUAUCAUCACUAGAAUGGAUAAUUUUGGUUAUUUUUUUAGGAAUUCCGACUUUAGUUUACUGCCAGAUUUAUUUGAUGACGCAUAUAAAUUGAUAAAGGACCUGCCUAUUGAUUCUGUCUUUAACAAUUGAAAUAUCAAAAUACUCAGCCAUGUGUCACGGCUUGGCAAGUUAGAACCGGAAAUGGCUGAUUCUGUUGUAUCUAACUAUGCUUAUAUGAAGGAGCUUGAUCAAUUACCCAUGCUGACUAUUGCUUCAAAAUGCACUGAUUUGGAGCUGAGAAAAAAUAUAAUCAAUAAAGUUUUCAAUGGGAAACACAUUCAUUUUUUACUUCCUCUCAUUAUUAAGGCAUACUGAUGUCAUCCAAAAACAGAAGAAGUUGAUAAUUAUAUUAUCGAUAUAUUAAAAAAAAUUGUUCCACUUUUAGGAAAAAGUUGUCUCUCAAUUCUGGGAAAUGUAAUUGCCAAACUUCACCAAAAGAAUAUAAAUGAACAUUUAGAGCUAUAUAAUGCAAUAUCAUCCUUAUUAAAAGAAUUUGUUUUAAAUAAUGUAGAAAAAUUAUCAUUCGGAGAUCUUAAUGUAUUGCUGCAUUUAGCUCUGAUAAAUAUGCCCAUGGAUCUUAAUUUUGCUCAAAUAAUAUGGCAGAAUAGUAAGAAUAAUAAAUUGCCUAGUAAUGAGUACAAAAGAGUAGACAUUAUUGAAAAAAUAAAAGCAAUAGGAUUAUCUGACAAAAAUGCAGUUUUAGCAAUUUGUAAUAAGCAAUAUAACUUUAGAGCAGCUUAUUUAGCAGAAACUAUUUCAUGUUUGGCAGAAUUAAGAUUUGAAAAUGAGAGUUGGGCUAAGAAAAUGGCUAACGGAUUAAUGGAUUAUGUGGAAGAUAAAAAGAUUUCCUUUGAAAAUGAUAAAGAGCACAUCAACUGGAUAUAUGGGCUUGUUGCUUUUAAAGCAAAUAAGUCAGAAAUUAUGAGACAUUUAGAAAACUGUAAAUUUUUUGAUUGUGAAUUGCCAACUUUUAAGCACUUUUUACUUGAGAAUCACUUCAGCAUGGACCCAGAUUACAAAGGAGUGAGAUUUCUCAAUCAAGAGAUACAAAAAUAUUGGCAGGAUUUUGACUAUUUUAAGCAUUUUGGAAUUGAUAAACCAUAUAUUAAAAUAGCAUGGGACAACCUAGCCUCUUAACAGUCUAGCUGGGAAAACAAAGAGAUCUUGUGGAAGGUAGGAUGGCGUUCAAAAGUAUGUAUCUGAGCAAGUCUUUUUGGUUUGGUUGAGCACAAUGUCGGAUUGCCGCCCGCAGCUCAUUUCAGAUCAAGAUUUUACCCUGUGGAAAAAUCGUGCACAAAAGUUCAAAAGCGAAGACCCAGCAGUGAGGCUCCUCCUGGUCAAUCGGACACAUUUCCCAGAGUAUAUCAGGCGUUAUAAUUGGACUUUGAGUUUCAAUUUUGGUGGAGAGGUGACCAGAAAAUUCGAUUUUUCUGAAAGCUGUAGCCCCGUUGAUGUCCAGAAUGGUGUUCCAUUAUCUCUGACAUAUAGGUGGAGAUUGCACACCUCGCCUGAGAAAAAGCACAGUGAGAAUUUAUGCUCAAAUUGGCCAGCAAAAGGUGGAGCGAUAUUGAGACGAAUGUGGCUUUUUGAUGUGCUUGCCUAUAAUAUUAAGCAUUUUGGAAUCCAUCCGUCACUUAUCAGACUUAUUGAAUCGUCGUUCAAUAAGGCCAAUCUUGAAAUACAAAUUGGAACAUUUUUUGACAAGAUUUGGAUACCUUUCUACGUUCCAAGCAAAAAGACAGCUUUAUGGCCAGUGACAAAUUCGGUUCUUUUAUAUCAAUCAAAUAAACUAAGAGGAGAAUGUUUUAUGUACCGUAACCAAAUUCUUAGAAAAGUAAGCAAUUUGAAAAUGCUUACUCUCGUGAGCGAACAAAAAAAUUUGCCAAGGACGAGUUUUUUAUCCAAAAAUAGGAAUUUCUCCAAUGAUUUGUUCGGAGGGAAUUUAGUGAAGAAGAGGCGAAUAAAAUAGAUAUUCAGCAAUUCCUUAAUAUUUAA